AUGCAAUUUUUACGCAUACUGCUCUGUUUCUACUCAUCCAUUGUACCAGCAAAUUGCCCUGAGGUUGCCUUCUCUCAAAGUAUGCAUUCGUACAUCAUCGCGGGAAUUGGUCUACUGCUUGUUUACGUUUCCUACUAUCUUCUCUCUUCGUACCUUGCAUUUCGUCGUCAUGCCCAAAAUGCAGCCAGGUUGGGUUGCAAAGAACCUCCACGCAGGCCUCACAAGCUGCCCUUGGGUAUUGAUCUAGCCCAAAAGAUCUUGAAAGCAGACAAAGAGAAGCGUGUUCCUGACCUAUUCCUGGACGUUUACGAAGAAUUGGGUCGUCCCGCUACCUGGAAACAAUACCUUCUCGGUACUGACUGCAUUGUUACUAUGGAUCCGAGGAAUAUUCAAGCUAUUUUGGCUACUCAAUUCAAUGACUUUGCUAUUGGUGAGCAGAGAAGGAAGAAUCUCUUUCCCAUGCUUGGGAAUGGUAUCUUUACCGCGGACGGAAAAGCAUGGGAACACUCCCGUGCACUGCUCCGCCCACAAUUUGCGCGAGAUCAGGUGUCAGAUCUUGAACUUGAGGAAGUCCAUCUGCAGAAUCUCCUGCGUCGUCUUUCCACUGAUGCUUCGGGCAUGACUGCAAAGGUUGAUCUCCAACCAUUAUUCUUCAAUCUAACGCUUGACUCCGCCACUGAGUUCUUGUUUGGAGAAUCCGUCAACUCACAGCUUGUCGGAUCGUCUGAUCAGUCAUUUCCCCAUACGAAGAAAGAUUGGAGCGGGGAGGACCUGGAUUGGAGUACUUUUGGAGAGGACUGGGAUAAUGCUACAAUGGCGCUCGGGGUUAGAGGACUACUUGGAGACGCCUACUGGCUUCACUCUCCCAGAAAUUUCCACCAAAGCUGCAGGCGAAUCCAUGAAUUCGCAAAUUACUGUGUUAAUCGAGCACUUACCACUGACCUUAGCUCUCUGAAAGAGAAAGACGCCUCUGGCGCCCACAAGCGAGACAGGUAUAUCUUCCUCCAGGAGCUUGUAGCUCACACCCGUGACCCGGUAGAACUCCGCUCCCAGCUCCUCAACAUCCUUCUCGCGGGCCGUGACACCACCGCCGGUCUUCUAGGAUGGACCUUCUAUACCCUUGUUCGCCACCCAGAGGUCUAUGAAAAACUCCGCGCAAUCAUACUUGACCGUUUCGGCACCUACUCGGCACCACGCAACAUAACCUUCGCCAACCUCAAAUCCUGCACCUACCUUCAACAUGUACUCAACGAGAUUCUCCGUCUGUACCCUAACGUCCCGCUUAACUCACGUCGUUGCAUUCGAACCACUACCCUUCCGCGCGGCGGUGGUCCCGACGGGAAUUCUCCCGUCUACGUCCGUGAGGGCCAGGAAGUCAACUACCUCGUCCACGUCAUGCAGCGUCGGAAGGAUAUCUGGGGUGAGGAUGCGAAUCAAUUUAAGCCGGAAAGAUGGGAGGGGAAGAAGGUAGGCUGGGAGUAUUUGCCGUUUAAUGGUGGGCCCAGGAUAUGUUUAGGACAGCAAUUCGCCUUGACGGAGGCGGGAUAUGUGACGGUCAGGCUGAUGCAGAGGUUCGAUCGGUUGGUCAAUGAGGAUAACAGGGAGGUCAUCAGGCACAUGUUAAGCCUGACUACCAGUACGGAUGGAUGUUGGGUAAGGUUGCAUGCGGCGGAGGAAUCAGCAGAAGCAUGA